GCACGAGCUAUAACGUGACGUAUUAGCAUUUCAGCUCGCUAAUUUAACCUAUAUUUGUGUGUAUCGCUUGGCGCAUGUUAGCUCUUUUAGAUAUAACUAUUUAAUUUGACGUACUUAUCAAAUGGCAGGCAAGAAGAAAGAAGCGAGUCUGCAGCUUUUCUUGUCCAGGCAUCUGUCACAAACCAAGAGCAAUGGGAGGAGAUGCUUGCAACUAAAGGUUUAACAGUUGUGGAUGUGUACCAACAGUGGUGUGGUCCCUGCCGAGCUGUUGUCAGUCUCCUGCGAAAAAUAAAGAACGAACUGGGUGAUGACCUGUUACAUUUCGCAACAGCCGAGGCAGACAGCAUUGAUGCUCUGGAGAAGUAUCGAGGGAAAUGUGAGCCCACCUUCCUGUUCUAUGGGGGCGGGGAGCUGGUGGCUGUGUUACGAGGGGCCAAUGCGCCUCUGCUUCAGAGGAUGAUCGUAGAGGAGCUGGGCAAGGAGAAGCUGGUCCUGGAGCAAGGUGGUGAACGCAAAGUGGUUAAAGAUGAUGGUCUGGUGGAUGAUGAUGAGAAGACAGAAGAGGAGCACUCGCCUCAGCAGUCAGACAAUGAAGAAAGCAUAAUUGUUCCUGCCAGUAAAUCCUACACAGUUGCCAUCAUCAAACCAGAUGCUGUUGCUCACGGCAAGGCAAAUGAGAUCAUAAUGAAGAUUCAAGAUGCUGGAUUUGAGAUCCUGGCCCACGAGGAGCACACGUUGACUGAGGUUGAGGCUCGAGAUUUUUACCAGCACAAAGCAGCAGAGGCUUGCUUCGAGGACUUGGUGCAGUUUAUGUCCAGCGGGCCUUCCCAUAUUCUGGUACUCUCUCAGGUUGAGGGCUCAGCCAAUGUUGUACCAGCAUGGCGUGAGUUCAUUGGUCCAGCAGACACAGAAGAAGCCAGGAGAGAAAAUCCAGAAAGCUUGCGGGCACAAUACGGCACACAGACACUGUUCAACGCAGUGCACGGUAGCGAGGACAGCGACCAGGCCAGCAGGGAGCUUGCCUUCUUCUUCCCCAACUUAAGGACAGCCUCAGUAACGGAGCAGGAUGGGGAGGAAGAGCGUGUGGAGAGGACACUGGCUCUUAUCCGGCCCGACGUUGCCAGAGAGAACAGAGAGGAGAUAUUGGCCCAAAUCCACAACUCAGGCUUCACAGUUGCUCUCCAAAAAGAGGUGAUGUUGACAGAGGAGCAGGUCAGACAGUUUUACUUCCAACAUGUUGAGGAGGACUACUUCCCUGCACUGCUCCGAAGCAUGACCAGUGGGCCGGUGCUAGCUUUGGCUCUAGCCAGAAUGGGAGCUGUCCAUCAUUGGAAGAACAUCCUUGGUCCAACUGAUGUUAAAAAAGCCAAAGAAGAGAGUCCUGAAUGUUUCUUGAAAGGCAAUCUUGCAAAUGUGGAACAUACUGAAGUUGAAGUGGACAAGGCGGGUCUAAGGGCUCAGUUUGCUGUGGAAGAUGAGCCUAUCAACCAGCUGCAUGGCAGUGCAAGUCAUGAAGAGGCAGAACGAGAGAUUAACUUCUUCUUCCCUGAGCAGCAGACCCUGGCAGUGAUCAAACCUGAUGCCAUAGAGGAACACAAAGAGACGAUUUUGGAGGAGAUCCGUGGCAGCGGUUUCUCUGUCACAAGGCUGAAGGAGACGGUUCUGUCGAGGGAGAUGGCUGAGGAGUUUUACAAAGAGCACCGGGACAAGCCUUUCUUCAACCAGCUGGUGGAGUUCAUGAGUCGGGGGCCCUGUAUGAUGCUAGUCCUGACCAAGGAAAAUGCAGUGGAGGAGUGGAGGGCCUUGAUGGGCCCUGCAGACCCCGACCAGGCUAAGGUGACAUCACCAAACUCUGUGAGGGCCCGCUUUGCCUCCGAUAUCCUCCACAACUCGGUCCACGGCUCCUCCAGUGAGCGGCAUGCAGAGGAGACGAUCCGUUUGAUCUUCGGUGACAUCUGCACAGACACAGAGCUCGCUGGUGAUGGAGAGACUGACGCAACCAUUCCAGGUGAAUCACAUAAUUCAACUCCUUGCAGUCCGCAGGCAGGAGAAAGUGACGAUCCAGAGGACUCACUGAAUCACAACACCUAGUAGUUUCUCUUGUAUUGUAGCCUUACUUACUCUGUAACAUCAUGGGAACAGUAUAUCCAUCACUCCAUAAAUCAUGAAAUAAACUAGACAAAUAAA